AUGGGCGUUGUCGUGUGUAACUUCGUUGCAACCGGUACAGUUCGCAAUUCACUCAUUGCGACCACUCGUCCUGUGUCACGCAGGUGGAAGAAGCUUGUCACCAAGAUAAAAGCUCUAAGGAAGCGCGACAACCACUGUUAUUACGAUGACAAUGAUGAGGACGACGAGGAUAUGCCUGACGACGAUCGAGUGGCUGUAGCCAUAGAAGCAGCAAAAAAGAUGCCUGCUCUAUCAACAACAACAUCAGCAACAGCAGCAGCCACGACGGUUAUUGAGCGUCGACAUAGUAGCGACGAGUUAAAGCGAAAAGCCGGGUUUCCUUAUUACACCGAAGAGCCCGCAGAUGAUGAACGACGAGUCCUGGAUCGACCACAGAAACGAAAAGACAGUGCAUCACUCUCGGCAAUGCAUCACAUUUCCAUGCCGGCUGGCCCGGUAUGUUCGUCCGCAUUAUCGCCACCACCUCGGCACACCAUGAACCGACGCAAACUCGUCGAACCUUCCCCAGCAGCACGGCCACCCGUGAUUGUGCGUUUAUCUAUUGAUUUGCACGAGCAAGACGUAGAAGAAAGUGAACACCUGGACGAAAUGCACCCAUUUCGAAGCGGCACGCUCGGUAAUACCAACGAUGGAGGAGGAUUUACGAUACCAGCGCCAGUACCGGAUAUACCUUUGAAAGAACGUCGAAAACGACGCAGCCCGUUAUCGAUUCCAGACGAUUUGACAUUGUCUUUGAAAAAGAAACCAUCACUCCACCAUCAAAAAAGCAACACGAGUAUAAUCAGCAGUACAGCCAGCAGUGUGACGAGUACAAGCUCGUCGGCUAUCUCAGUUGAACGUAGCAAAGCCAUGAAUGCCCUGGAAGGCCUGGACCGUGACAAGGCACAAUACGAUGCUGUAGUGGGUCGUCGUCGUGCCACUGCUAAUACUCCUACCACUGCUACUAGUGGGACAGUACCCAUGGUCAUGAACAAUAGUAGUCAUCAUCAUCUUCAUUAUAACGAGCCUACACCGUCUUUGACGCCAAGCAGUCGACCGAUAUACUACCCAUCAUCGCCAAGUUCGGUUGGUACAGUCGUUGAAGAAACCGUCAAAUUCAGUAUUGCUACGACGACGGCAUCACAAUCACCAUCACCAUCACAAGCAUCACCUUUACCAUCAACACGUAUUCCAGAAUCAUUGAGACAUUAUAGAGAUUUAUAA